AUACUUAAUCAUUAUUUAGAAGAUGACACACCUCGCCAUAUAUAAACUUAAAUAGAAUCGAAAAUCAGUUAAAAGUAAUUUUCCCGCCAAUUGAUUUGGUAUAUCAAUAGACAUAGACAACUUGCAAUACGUGACCAAUUAUAGAAUGAUACUCAUAAAUUUUGUUUUGCUGACUGUCACUGGAGUGUUAGGCGCAUCGCUGCCCGUAGACCAAACGCCAGUGCUGAAACAGCUGCCAUCCGAAGUGCUGUUUAGAGACAACAAGGAAGUAUCUAUCGACUGUGUCACGGAGGGCAACCCGGGAGGAGUGAGUUACAAAUGGCUGAAAAACGGCCAACCUUUUACACAGAAUGGCGACAUCGUCCAACGUGAAAACGAAGGUACUCUAAUUUUCAAAAACCCGACCAAAAACGACGAGGCCCUCUACCAAUGCCUCGCCGAAUCCAAAUACGGGGUUUCCACCACACGUGUCAAUUUAAAACGAAUGUACAUAGACAAACCUAGAGUCGAAAUGAGAAACCAUAAACCAAUCGAGGGGAAGAUGUACAAACUGGAAUGCGAUAUCCCAGAUUCGUAUCCAAAACCCGAAAUUGUGUGGAUAUACCAAUCAUUGACAGACCCGAGUGCGUCUAGAAGCAUCCUCGACCGUCGCAUAACUUUGUCCCCCGAAGGCGAUCUGUAUUUCACUAACGUUACCAAAGAAGACACGAGUGGUAGUUUCAAGUAUGUUUGUGUGGCGAGGAGUCAAGUUUCUGAUAGCGAUGUGGUAUUGGCUGAACAUGUGUUGGAAACUGUCGUGCCAGCCAGUGGACCGAAGGACAACGGAGUUUACCCGCUGUAUGUCUCCAGCGAUUUCACUGCUACAGUCGGAUCUGUGACCAUGAUAUACUGUAUCUAUGGUGGCACUCCGCUGGCAUACCCGGACUGGUACAAAGACGGGAAGAACGUGAACAACUCGCCCAAAGAUCGCGUGACCCGGUACAACAGGACCUCGGGGAAAAGACUGCUCAUCAAGGACACGUGGCUGGAAGACCAGGGGACCUACAUGUGUCUAGUGGACAACGAGGUUGGCGAACCGAAGCAACAUACCAUGCGACUGACAGUUGUCAGUGCCCCACAGUUCACAAAGCAACCUGAACGGAAACUGACAGCACAGAAAGGCGGAGACAUCACCGUUCACUGUCAAAUCGCCGGCGUACCCGCACCAAAAGUGUCAUGGUCACGGAACACGCAAAACCUGGCGCAAAACGACAAACUCCACAUCCAAUAUUCCGUUCAAGGCAACGCUACCAUUGCCGAUUUGACUAUUAAAAACUUGCAGGAAAACGACUCUGGUAUUUAUGGGUGCAUGGGAGAGAAUCCUAACGGUGAAAUAUACGCAGAGUCAUUGGUUAAUGUUCAAUUAUAACAUUAUUACGUUAUUUGUCAAUGGAUUAGGAAACUAAUAGCUGUAUCGGGCCUUUGUCGGUGUAUGCCCGACACAUUAGGACAACAUUCAGCUUCAUUAUCUAGUAAAGGCUCUGCAUACGUGGUUGUGAGCGCGAUGCAUAAUAACUGUUGGCGUAUGUCCGACAUGUACCUUUCCAAAUCCAGGACUUUAGUUAGUUAUUGUAUACCCCACUUACAGAGUCCCAGCAAAUGAUAAUGUUUGCUUUGCAAACCAAGUUUAAUAGUAGUUUAGUUUUACUAUAGAUAAAUUAUGUUGAAAUUGGGGGAGAGACAUUCCAUAAUUGAGGUUUUUAACUUGAGCCUAUUAGGCGUACGAUGUCCUGAAAGUCUCUACUUUUUAUCGGUGUUUAUCCGACAAAAACAGUACACGAACAUUUCAGUUUCCUUAUUCAUAAUUAUUAAGAAUAGGCAGUUCAUUUCUAAAAAUAAUGUGAAAAAACAAAUAUGUAUAUUACUACGCAAAGACAAUUUCAUCCGACUUGAACACGAAAUGUUUUAAAUAAUAUUCUAUUUCA